AUGGAACUAGAAGUCUAUCAUAGGCCAUCUAGCUCGCAUGCGGCCUCCUUUCCUGAGACAGGAUCAAGUCACAACUCAGACACUCAGCUGUAUCCGAAGAACGCAAGUGUAUUUGCUGUGGAGAGUGAUAAUCAGAGAGACCAAGCCUCCUUUGCUAUCGUCGGAUGGCCCAUCGGAUCACGAAAGCUUAGUCGAUUAGACAUAGGUAGCUUGCUAUUGAAUCUCCUCGGUGUUUCCACAGCAGUGCUCUAUUUAGUUCUGAUCGCGAUCGUCAUCAAACGCAAUGGGAACCCGGUGGAUAAGGCGGACUGGAACCGAAUCCAGACAGCAAUGAACUUGGCCGCCACACUAUUUCCCCUAGCGUUUGCCGCAGUGAUCGGACGGAUGAACCAACAACUUGCGACGUGGAAAUUGGAGCGCGGAGUCUCUGUUGGCGUACUUGAGCAGCUGUUUGGAAGCUCGACUUUCUUUAAUACGGUCAUCACUCAGGUCUCAGUUCGAUCUAUCAAACCAUUGCCCUUCAUUCUCAUCAUUCUCUGGUGUAUCUCGCCGCUGGGCAGUCAGUCUAUCCUCCGAAUGCUUCAUACAAAGCCGACAACUAUAACCCGCCCUAUCGACAUUACAUAUGGAAAUGACACCGAGUUAAGUACUCAUACAUUCAUACCUUCGACAACAUUCACCAAAGCAGAGGCCAUGUAUCAGGAAAGCCUGUUAUCACCAGACGUUGUAAAGCACUCCCCCUUGGAUAUUUUUGGCCGCCUCAAAAUCCCACUGGUUAACCUAAGGGAUUCAUCCGACUGGAUAGAACUAGACACCGAGAAUACCGACUAUUCUUCUUUGACUGGAAUCGUCAUUGACGGCGUCAAGGAUGCCAAUGGCGAGACCGAGUUCACCAUGGAGGCGCCCUACUAUAACCUUCACAUGAGUUCCGUCGAAGGCGAGCCCACAUUCAACAGCAAAGGCUUCGACUUUGAGGACGACGGCAUGUACACUAUAGACAAGAGCCAAACCAGGUACGGUCUAACAGAAGUAUAUUUCAACUUCACCAUCCCAGACACCAACUUCAAGGCGUCAUUCAACCUCACCGAACAAUACGUCGACAUGCGAGUCAAAUGUAUUGACGGCAUCGCCAACUGUGCCACCACGGCUAUCCGCCCUAUAUCAAGAACCAGUCCCCACGCCAACGGUACCUACUGGGCCGACAUGCGAGCAAUCCACACUCUUUUCAGCUACCUCAGGUCGGCAGGCAGUGAACGCUCUCUAACCGAAGCCUACUUCCGGAAUCCGGACACCCCGUUAGCAGCGGAUAUAUACACGGGAUCUAACUUCACCAUCCCCGUUGAUAUCUUCCUUCUGCGGCUUACUCAGGCUAUCAACACCUACGCUCUGUUGCUGUCUGCGUCAAGUGGUGGGGAGGUCUACAAUGGCACUGGUACAUUUACCGAUAGCUCCCCGCCUCCUGUAUACGAGAUCAGCUGGCCAUGGCUUGCCAUCUCGAUCGUCGCGACGUCGACUAUCAUUGUUGGGGCGUUUGUGCCAGCCCUGCUUGGGUUUUUCACACGGAACCCGGAUAUUCUUGGGUAUGUGUCGACAAUGACGAGAGAUGCACCGAACCUCAAAAUUCCACCCGGCGGAGUCAGCCGGAUUGGUAUAGGCACUUUGGACCAGGCGAGCCCGUCCAACAAGGGACGUCUCUACGAGUGA